UCUCGGGUAAUAAAAAAGGAGCAAGGGGUAAGGGUGAAGAAGAAGAUAUUCGAAAACCCCUAAGUAACUAAUUAACUCCAAUGUCUUGUUCCACUCUUCAAGCUUCUCCACUCCAUUCUUCUUCUUCCUUUCAACCUCUUCAUCGCCCUCUCUUCUCAUCUUCUUUUUUAUGUUUCAAUCCUUAUUCUCUCUCGACUUUCUACCGUCUUUCUUCGACCUUUAUACAUUUAAUCUUCAAGAGCUGAAGCAUCGUGCAUCAGGCAAUAUGGACGAAUCAUUUGUGAACCCCGGUAUAUAUGCGAAGCAACCGUUGCAUGUUACCAUGCAUGAGAAGCAGCUACACACGUUAGCAAAAGCGUAUGAAAACGUCAACCGCAGGUCCGCAGAGGACAUAAAACGUAUUCUCCUUCCAAACCAAGAAGCAGAGAAGUUACAGGAGCAACAAAAAGAAGAAGGAGACUUGGAUUGGUAUUGGCCUAGUGAUCUCAUUCAUAAACACCCUUUGGGUGAAAAAGUGGGCAACAAGGGUAAGCUUAGUACAAAACAAACAAAACAUCUUGUGCAACCAAAAAAUAAAAGAGCAGGUGAAGUUAUUGCUUAUGUUAUAAAAUAAUGUCGUUUUAAAAAAAAAUUCAAUUGCUAGACCUGGAACCUUUUUCCCGAUUUAACAUUUUGUUCGAUUCUAUGAUAAAAUGCUAAAGAACAUUGAAAGGAAUGUUAUUACGGUUUUUAUCCUCUGCUGUGAUUUUUUAAAGGCGAAAAUCUUAUUACAAGCCCUCUUGAUGUCAGUUUUAAAGCGAAACUGGCUGAUGAGAUUUAGAAAGGAAAAAAAUAUAAAC